CAUCAAGAAGAGGGAGGGUACUGUGCCACCACUUGAUUCCAUCAAUCCACAGGUAUAACUGGCAAACACAUUUUAGGUUCCUUUGCAAAUUGAACCAUAAAUCUUCCACUUCUCUGGAAAUCAGCAGCAGGAAAGACCAGGCAAGUUCGAUGAAGAAGGAGGAACAUGUGAAGAAGAUAGACAUGGAUGAAGAUGGUGAUCCCAAAGUGGACGGAGUAAUCAUGGAAGAAUCUCUGCCGGGGAAAACUCCCGGCGGCUCAGCCGUCCAUCCCGCCGCGUCGCCAACCUCAUCGGCAUCCUCUCCCGUUCAUGAAUUUUCGUUCACCCAUUCUCUCCCCCAAUCUGAAGCAGCAAAUGCGCCGGAGAAAACAAGGCAUCCGUUCGCCGUUGACUUAACUCCGGCCGAUGAUAUAUUCUUCCACGGCCAAUUGCUCCCCCUCCAACACCACCACCGCCACCACCACCACCACCCCUCGGCCGUCUCCCCCCGCACAUCCAACAUCUCGUCGGGAAUUCCCAUCUCGCCGCCAGUCAGCAAAGAAUAUCAAUACCCACCGGACCAAAACAACACCUCCCGCAGUCAAAGUCAAACAGAUCGCCACCGCCGGAAAAACAGCGAAGAUCUGAGGAGGGAGGAGAAAUCCAAACCGAGAUCCUUCUCUUCCAUGUUCUGGCCGCCGAAAUGGAAGAAAGGGUACGAGGGCAGGGAGAAGGAAAAACAGGGGAAGAAGGUGAAAUUCGAUGUGACGCAGGUUGUGAAGCGGUACAUGAAAUUGGUGACGCCAUUGUUGGGGAUGAGAGGAGGAAGAAGAAGAAGCAGAACAGCGGCGGAUGAAGAGAGGCAAUCUAACUAUUCGUAUUCCGGCCAUAUAAGCGUCAGGGGAAAAUGGAAAAAGGAAACCAGUAUUAGAGGGAGGUCGUCGGCGCCGGCGUCGUUGAGAGCGUCUCCGGCGAACAGCGGCGUUCUUUUGCCGCCGACAACUUCCGGCAUUUCGUCUUCUUCGAGUGUGAGCACCAUGGAAGACUUACAGUCAGCCAUUCAAGCUGCCAUCGCUCAUUGCAAGAAUUCGAGUGCCACGUCAGAUUAACUCAAACUUUUAAACUAAUUUCAUUUCAUUUCAUUUUUUCCUAGUACCUUAUUAAACUUUGUUCCUUGCAAUUAAUCGGCAAUAAUUAGCUAGUUUUGUUUUGCCAUGGAAACUAUACGUGUAUAUUAACAAUUAAUUAAUGAUCGAUCCAUGGUCGAGAUUCUAGACUCAAUGAAAAAUUAUAUUAUCUCUUUUUCAUUUA